ACAAUAUCCAUGGAAGAGGAAGAACUGAAGAAAUCUGACAUCUUAAUUCUUUACUCCCACAGUCAAUGUUGUGUUCUUAAUCUCUCAACUUAACGAUGACUUUCUUCAAAAUUCACAGGAAAUUGAAUUGAAAUUUCGGACCCAUAAAUCAACGAUUCCGAUUCCCAAGAAGAUACGUAUACAAUUGCUGCUCUGACGCCGCGCCAUAUAUUAUCACUUUCCGUCACUUUCAUUCGCUUCCUCAGCCUGCAAUCGGAUCAUCCUCAGUCGUCGUCGUUUGCCGUUUUUCCGGUGGGAUGGGGCUUGACCUGGAGUCUCUGGCGGAGGCUACAUCUGGAGCCAUCGGAUCUCUGGUGAGUACCACCGUUUUGUAUCCUCUAGAUACUUGCAAGACUAAGUAUCAAGCGGAGAAUCAGUCUAGCCAUCAGCGGAAGUACAGAAACAUAUCUGAUGUGCUAUGGGAAGCUGUUUCAACUGGUCACGUGGGCUCGUUAUAUCAGGGCAUUGGCACAAAGAACUUCCAGUCCUUUAUUUCAUCGUUCAUCUACUUCUAUGGAUACAGCUUCUUAAAGAGAAUGUAUUUGAAGAGAAGUGGGAAUAAAAAGAUUGGAACAAAGGCAAAUCUGAUCGUUGCUGCAGCAGCUGGGGCUUGUACUGUCGUAUUGACACAGCCUUUGGAUACAGCAUCCUCUCGUAUGCAGACAAGCGAGUUCGGGAAGUCCAAAGGAUUUUGGAAGACGCUCGCCGAGGGUACUUGGAGUGAAGCGUUUGAUGGUCUCGGAAUAUCCCUUCUUUUGACAUCAAACCCAUCAAUUCAGUACACCGUGUUUGAUCAACUGAAACAAAGGUUACUCAGGACACAGCUGACACGUGAAUCGGGUAUCGAGUCGUCCCCGGAAGCUCUCUCAGCCUUCUCUGCUUUUGUUCUGGGCGCCCUCUCGAAAUGUGUCGCUACAAUCUUGACAUACCCUGCUAUCAGGUGUAAGGUUGUGAUUCAGGCUGCAGAAUCGGAUGAAGAAAGGAACGAAGACAAACAGCACGACGAUAAGAAAACCGUGUCGGGUGCUCUUAAUACUAUUUGGAAAAGAGAAGGGUUGCUAGGAUUCUUCAAAGGAUUACAAGCACAAAUACUGAAGACUGUGUUGAGCUCUGCGUUACUUUUGAUGAUAAAGGAGAAGGUUGCAAAGACCUCUUGGAUCAUAUUGAUUGCAGUUAGAAGGUAUCUCUUUGUAACCAAUACAAGAUUAAAGAGUGCUUAAGUUUAAGUGUUUUUCUAAGCAAUAUCUAAAGAUUUUAAGAAGGUCCCAAUUGGAUUUCUGCAAUGUAAGAAGGAAAACAGAGUAUAUUAUUUCUUAUUCUGUGUCAUGCAUGGUAUGGUAUGGUAUGAAGUUCAAUAACAUUACCCGCAAUAA